AUCUUAUUUCCAAAGGCGUAUUAGAAAAUAUUUCUGGCUUUUUUUCAAAGAAAAAUACAGAAAACAAUUCAGUCGUGCGCCAGAAAAAUAUUGAACAAGAUUCUGAUGAGGAACUUUCUAAUCGUAUGAACAAAUUAGCUCUAGCUCAAACAGACAUAUCAAAAAAAGAUUCCGAAAUUUUGUCUCUUAAUUCUGAGCUAAGUGAGUUAAAAACCAAGCUGACGCUGGAAGCCAGUGAUAUCACUGAAACUCCCGCUGCCGUAUGGCCUUCUCAGAAAGAACAGGCAAAGCCUAGAAUCUCAGACUCGCCUUUACUCUGCGAUGGUACCACUGAGUCUGUAGUUGGUGGAGAUGUACAAUUAGAAGAAGCAGAGUUUCAAGCCCUCGGCUCAUCUGAGUCCCAGGAGAACGCUUCUAAUACACGGGAUAGCCAAAUAGUUGACCCAGAUCCCCCUGAAUUUAGUCUUCGUUUUUUUCUGGUCGAACGGCCAAAAAAGCCAAGUUUAGAGACUGUGGUACCACUCAAAAGCGGCGAGUUUAAAGAUCCAUCAAUAAAAAGUAGUACAAAUGCACCGAGUGUACAGGUCUCAACUGAUAAAUCGUCCACUUCUUCACCUCCAGCCACACAGAGUCGUACGGCGGUAAAUGAUUUACGUAAAUUUUCUACUGGUUCCACAGUAAUAGAAAAGGAUAAUGUUGACAGCAAGGAGCGGAGUUCUAUGCUGCCUAUGUGGGCCGUACGGCUGGAAAAUCGAAAAAAUAGAAAUCGAAGCGCUUUGCGUUCUCCGUCUGAAAAAAAAAUAUUUACCAAGCAAAGCCACUACAUUUGA